UACUUCCAGCACCUGGGACGUGGCAACGCUGCGUCAGAGCCAGAGACGCGGCGGUGCCUCAGGCUGUGACCCGGCAACACUUGAGAUGAGCAAGAGGACAGUUGAUGGUAUGGAUGCUCAUGCCACGGAAGGAUGGAACUGGAAACGCCAUUUAUCCUUUAAAACCAUUAGCUUGGUGGUGCUCUCUGUGCAGACAUCAACGAUGGUAUUACUUCUGCGUUAUAGCCGUACCUCAAGUUAUUCUAAUCAUCAGUCAUACAUCAUCACCACAGCUGUUCUCUCGUCAGAAGUUUUGAAGCUCGGACUUUCUUUGGGAUUUUUGCACAUCGAGUCUGGUAAGGAAAUACAAAAAACUUUGAAUCGGCUGUAUGAAGAUGUAAUUAUCAAUGUGUGGGAGACACUGAAACUAGUCAUUCCAGCAUUCUUGUAUGUUGUUCAAAACAACUUGCUUUUCGUUGCUCUCUCCAAUCUUGAUGCUGCCACAUAUCAGGUUACCUACCAGUUAAAGAUCUUGACUACAGCCAUUUUCUCCUGGGUGAUGCUCGGCAAACGUCUUGCGCCGAUCCACUGGUUCUCUCUCUGUCUGCUCAUGCUGGGUGUUUCCCUCGUUCAGGUGGAGGGCAGUAAUGGUGGAGUGAGCAGUGGCAAGAUUAUUACUGUACCUGCAGUAGAAGUGUUGGAGGGAGCAGAUUCACUGUUUCUUGGAGGACCUGAAGAUGGUGCAGGUUUUCCUCCACCUGACAUGCACAAUGAAGCUCACCCCAACAUAGAAGUAUCUCGCCUUCUAGGAAUUUUUGCGGUUUUUGUGUCGUGCAUUUCUAGUGGAUUUUCUGGUGUGUACUUUGAACGGCUUGUGAAGAGAGGCACACAAACUUCACUGAUUAUCAGGAACAUUCAGCUUGGAAUGUUUUCUAUUGCAUUUGCUGUAGUAGCAGUGAGCAGCGAUAGUUCAGCUAUUAAGGAAGGGGGAUUCUUCCAGGGUUACUCCUUUGCCACCUGGAUGGUAGUACUUAUACAGGCAUUUGGUGGGCUGGUAGUGUCUGUGGCAAUGAAGUAUGCCGACAACAUCCUGAAGGGAUUUGCUACAUCAUUGUCUAUUGUAAUGUCUACUCUGGUCUCGUGGCUGGUCCUAGGAGAUGCUGCUCCGUCCACACAGUUUGUCAUUGGAGCGUCGAUUGUUAUAUCAUCAACGGUACUAUACGGUUUAACCCCUCAGAAAGAGGGCAGGUAUGCUUCAAGUGCUCAACUAACAUCUAUCAACAGUUCUCAUAAGGUGUCAAGGAAGAAAAAUAUAAGUGAAAUAGUAUGACUAUGGCAGAAGUGGUCUCUUUUGUAGAUGUCACAGCAAAAGAAAUUAUAGAGAAGUCCACAUACGAGCAGCUCAAGGCUUGAACCUCCUGGUCCCCAAGGGACCUCUGCUUAUCCGUGGCAAGUCUUUCAAACUGUCCCGACUUGGUCUUAAUGGUACAAUGGAGACACUGGAGAAUACUCUCUUCAUCCUGGAACGACUGCCAGAAAGCCCGUAUAAAAAACUAAAAUCUCUUCAAAGUGCAAUUGGCUUCACGUAGACCACAGAUAAGUGCUAUCACAAAUUUCCGAUUGCUCUACAAGAUCAGUAUGCCUGACUUCCACCAGAUAAUAGAACCUGAUAUAGUAUCUGACUGGAGCAAUUUCACAAUAUAGUGUGGAAUUGCCCCAGGCUCCCCUUGAAUGGGGGGGCCCACCCCCACCCAUGUUAUGGGGAACUUGACUGACCCCCCCACAUGCUCAUUCUGGGGUAGAUAAGUGACCAGAAUUGGUAUUUUGCUUGGAAACUUGAUUCAUCGGUUCCACUUCUCCCCCUCUCCCACUUUCGCAGUUCCGCAGCCGUUUCCAGGCCUUGGACCCCGACACCUCCACCACCUCACCUUUAGCUCCUCUGUAUUCUGGAACUGAGGGUCUUCCUCCUGGUUCCCCACCUGGUGUUUCCUCCCUUCCCAGUCUCCUGUCUCCUGUCUCCUGACGUCUAAUUCUUUUAUUUUGUUUUGGAAGGCGAGUGCAGUGGCCCAUUAGGGCCAGCUGUACUAAGCACGAAAGUUGGAGAUUUUGUGUCUCCACCAUUACGAAUGGCACUCCUCUUCCCCAGAUCUUGAAGAAAAUUAGUAAUAGGGGUAAGUUUGUUCCAGAUGUCUUGCCUAUCCUUCACCUCUAUGGUUCUGUUGUGGCAGAUCCAGUGUUGGUCGUAUCUGAAAUGGAUUCACCCUUUUCGACUAUAUGCUCUGGUUUUCAUCUUUCUCCCUCUUUCCUUACUCGUUAGCCCAUUCUUGAAUCUAGUCACUUAGAUUUUUGCAUAUACUGUAUCUCCAGCUCCCCUAUAACGAUCCCUUCUUGCUCUCGGAACUCCAGUCUGCUUUUAAUCCUCUGCAGUUCUACUGCUGUGGGCUCAGAUGACAUUCAUUAUGAGGUGCUUUGCAAUAUCCCUCCAUGUGCAUUUCAGUACUGUAUUUACUGAAUAUUUAUAAUUGUAACUGGGAGUCGUUGUCAGUCCCCGAGGACUGGCUUAAGGAGGUUAUUCUUCAUAUUUGGAAACCAGUUUCUUUAGACACAUCUCUAAGGUCUUCUGCCCAAUGUCCUUCUGUCAAUGUCCGCGUGAUGUGGUUCUUUAAAACACGUUAUCACCACCUCUUCCCUUCUCAAUUUGGCUUUUGCAAGUGUCGCAGCACGACUGAUGUCUUAGUGAACUUGGAGGUCUACACUGUAUUCGUACUGCCUUUGUUGCAAAGACCUCCAUUGCUGCUGUCCUUUUUGACCUGGAAAAGGCUUAUGACACCACUUGGAUACCAUAUUCUGUCCCAGCUGUUCUUUUGGCCUUCGUGGUAAUCUCUCUCUCUUCCUACAAAACUUCCUAUUUAGUUAUUACUUUAAAGUGAGGCCUGGUACCACUUUCUGUGCCUCUUUUCGGUAAACAAAAGUUUACCUCAAGGUAGUAUUCUGAGCACUACUCUUCCUGGUUGCUCUCAAUGGUCUUCUUUCCUUUCUUCUCUGUGGAAUUUUCUCAGUUUUCUAUGUUGAUGAUUUUACCCUCUGCUGUCGAGGUGAUGAAUUGGCUUUCCUCCAACGGCGGCUUCAGUUUGCGAUUAAUGCUAUGUCAUCCUGGGCCAACAAUCUUGGCUUCAAGCUCUGUACAACUAAGAUUUGUGCUGUGAUAUUUACUCGGAAGCAGGUCGUUCUUCAUCCCCCUUUGUAGAUCUAUGGUGAUCCUCUUUUGUAUUAAGAUUCUGUCAAAGAUUCUUUAAUCUUUAACACUUGUUUUUCUUGGUCACCCCAUAUCUCUUACCUCUAAGUUGAAUGCUCUAAGGCCCUUAACUUAAGGGCUUGCCCCAUACUUCUUGGGGAGCUGAUAGAUGCACACUCCUUUCUUUACAUUCCUCUCUCGUGCUGGCUAAACUAGAGUAUGGUUGUCCUGCUUACUUGUCUGCUGGUUCUCCUACUUUUUGCUGUCUUGAUGCUCUGCACCAUACUGGGUUAUGCCUCAGCUCUGGUGCUUUUCAUUCAUCUCCUACUCUGAGCCUGUCUCUACAGGAUCGUCGUGAUCGCUACUGUCUUCACUACCUUGUGCUGUCCCUACAACACCCUCACUCUCGCUUAUGUCCUGCUUUGACCGUUGCCCAUCCCGUGGGCCCUGUUCCCUUUCAUCACCUUAUUUUUUCUCUACGAUUAUCUCGCUUGCAAGAUUUUCUCUUGGUUCAUGUUACCAAUAUUUCUCAUGUCGUUCCAGUCUUGCCCCCAUUAAGGGUCCCACUUUCAAAGUUUUGCAAAACCUUGACCUGCAUGGCAAAGUCAUCUAACCCCCCCCCCCUUCCCUACAGUUCUGAAACUUUUUUUUUCCUUGCAAAAUUUUUCUUCACUCUCCUGCUCCAUUGCUCUCUUCAUUAUGAUAUGGAAGAAAAUGCAGAAUAGAACCAGUGAAGAGCGGAGGUGCCAUAGGCACAAUCGGAGAACACUGUAUAAACAUCAGAGGUCCGUGGUUGUUCAACGUCCUCCCAGCGACUAUAAGAA